UGUACUACCUUGAUUGCCUGAUCUUCCCGCCCUGUCUCUGGUCCUACUGGCUCCUACUUAUAUAAACUCUCGCGCAUUCUUUCUUCGGACGUCCCAUAAAUUCCUUGUAUCCAGAAUUGCAUCCAAUUAAAGUAUAAUACUAAUGUCGUUCCCGCUGUUCGUACCUCGGAGCCAGAACAGGCCAGGUCGUUAACUGUGCGGCGCUAUCAAAUACUCCAUAGCCUCGAUGCUUUCCGGUGUUUCCAACUAUCGCUCCACUGGGAAGUAACGUAUUGAGUAAGGAUGUACGGCCAAGGGUUUAAAGAGCGAAGCAUCUCUCGUUUACGACACGUUUGGUUGGACCGUCACCCGCCAAUAAACCCAAAGUUGACGAGCUCAACUCCACAACGCUCACGAAUCCGGAAACUGCUACGCUAAUAAUGCAACGGCCUGACACGCAUAAAACAUGCCCUGCUGCACUCCUCAAUGAGGACACCCUUAGGGAUAUUUUCGAGGCCUGUGUUGUGCUAGAUUCACCGAGAGGUUGGGAUUCGACUUCCACGCAGACUUCUGCUACUCUAGACACCCGUCGAACUCCGUGGGUCUUGGGACAAGUUUGCCGGAAUUGGAGACGUAUUGUUCUAUCUUCCCCGCUUCUCUGGACAUCUAUCGAUAUCCAAUUCGACCAUCAUGAUAAUAACGCCGCUCGUCGUGUUUCAUUCCUUUUGGAUUUAUAUCUCUCGCGCUCGGCAUCGUGUUUACUCUCAGUCAAUAUUCAGAGUUCUAUAUGCUUUCAGAAAAAUACCCCCCUUUUCCGCUCUCUUCUAUCAACAUCCUCCCGUUGGUAUACACUCCUAAUCGACAUACCCAUUUCCGCAUAUGAGAUCCUCUCACCACUCACUGGGUUUCUUGAUUCUCUCGCUGUACUUCACAUCCGUCUUCCUCAUCGAAACAAAUCUCAAGCAGUCAAGGACUUCGCCAAUCUAAAAGAUGGAAUUCGACUGUUUAGAUUUUGCAACAACCUAGAACGUCUUUCACUACAAAACAUUCCAUUUCCCCGGGAUAUAUUCCAUCUACCGUGGGCCAAAAUCCAAGACUUGGUGGUGAAUACAUCAUCGAGCUUAGUCUCAAAUUCAACAACCCUCAGAGCGUUGCAUGGACUUCGAAAUCUCACUUCUUGCUCUCUUGAGUGUAGAUUCGUUACUAACCAUCCAGAACACCAAUACGACGCAGAGGCGGUAGAUGAUAGCGGAAUGGAAGUUGCUCAGAUGCUCUCGUGGUUGACCUUACCCGCAUUGAAGCACCUCCGGCUACGGCAAAAGUUCAAAGCAGAGUUGGAGGAUAGCCUUGUUGUUGAAGUGAUUCAGCUGAUUCGCCGGUCUCGCUGUGAGAUCAAAGCAUUGCAGCUGCACUUGUACCCCUCCAUCAGCGAAGAAGGCAUCAUCUCAAUUCUGAAAGAGGUCGCUGCGUCACUUGAAGGAUUGUGCCUUCAUCCGGGCCAUCGUAAUUCCAGGGUCAUGUCAGAGCUUCUGUGGAGAGUACGGCAGUCAGAGAUAUUAGUGUAGGAUAGAAUCUGCGUAGUCACGACGAUUAGUCCAUAUCGAUUUGAACUUAUCUCAGAAACCUAAAGUCUAAAUUAAAAGAGACCUCAUGCACUAAUUUGAGCACAUUGACGCAUAGACCAUUCAAAAAGAACAAUGACAACUUG